AUGUUACAGGCAACAAGCAACGAAAAUCCACCCUGGCGUUCACGUAAGGUCUUGACGCGAACAACUUAUAUCCAGCAGUCGCAUGGAUUUUCUGGCGUCGGCAACUUUUUCGGAUCCUCACUAACCUCCUCAAUAUUAAAUGCGGAGGCCUUAACUCCCUCAAGCACGGGCACAAUGAUCUCACGAGCUUGGACCUCGACAUCGAAGGCUGGGCCGCUAAUACUGCCGAGUGGCUGGUGGAUCAUUAUACGCGUGCUGGGCAUCGCGAACCGUUUGCCCUUUGUGCCGCCAGCGAGGAUAAUGGAAGCUGUUGAUGCUGACGAGCCAAGUGCAAUCGUAGAGACAUCAGACCGUACGAGACGCAAAACGUCAAAGAUGGCCAUUGUGGAACUGCCUGAUAUCCUUGUUCGGAUUCUGAGCAUCCAACAAAAGCAUCUGGCUGACAAUGGCGUCGGCGACGAAAUCAUCAAUCUCGUUCCCCAGGAACAUGAUUCUCUCCUUCAGCAGCAGCCCUAUGAUGUCUCCAUCGCUGCGAAUGGAAGCGAAAGGAGACUGAGCCGCGGAGGCGGAGAUGUGGGGAAGGAGGUAUCCCGGCGGCGGCGAGGUGAGGGUUUGGUGGCGGAAGGAAGC